GCCGACUAUAUGCGGUUCUAGAAAGACAGGCCUGACAACCUACAAAAGCAUGAUACACUUCAACCCAUCAAGAGCUCAGCACAGGCGCGCGUGUGACCGGUGUCACCAGGCAAAAAGCAAAUGCGUCCAGUAUGGCGACCGGACAUGCGAGCGCUGCGAGCGGGCCAAUGUCAAAUGCUCAUACAGCCCGCGGGUCAGGCGCAACCGGGUGCAGCAGGCAGCACCGUCGCCAUCCUCGCCGGCAGCCGCGGACGAUCCGUUGAACAUGUGGUUCAGCGUCGAGUCCGACUUUGACGAGGCGUUCCUGGCCACCUUUGGGAGGGACUCUGCCAGUGAGCUUCCCGCGCCGGUUCUGAGCCCAGCAGAUUACGUGGGGCCUGCUACCUACGACAAUUUGUCACCAUCAAAUCCAAGUCGAUCAUCGUCUGUCGGCUUGACACUGCUCGGACAGGCCGACGGGGCCCGCGAGUCUAUGCAACAAGACGUGUCCGACUGGCUGAGCAGCGUGACCGACAGGACCGCUGGGUCUGCCACGACCGUUGCGUUGCUGCCACCACCACAGAAUGGAGUCACAGGCGGAGACUCGGCAGCCAACUUGACGCACUGGAUGAACAAGCUGGCACAUCUAAAUACAAAGCUGACCGAGCACGCGGAAUUUGUGCCGCACGGCGACGCGAUAUCCACCCCUCCGCCGUCCGACGGGAGCUACGAAAGUAUCAUCGACCACACCUUUCAUCACAGCGAGUCCUUCAUCCACAUCCUCGGCGAGAUGUGCCACAGGCUGCCGCCGCUGCAGCAGCAGACGCCCGGAGCCAGUGGCGUCCCGGGCGGGUCCCCGUCCCUGGACGAGCCCUCGUACCUCAUGGUGAUCUCCACAUACCUGCGCUUCCUGGAAAUGUUCGACAGGAGCUUCUGCUACCUGAUGGCCCACAAGGGCAACGGCGCGGACUCCUGGGCGGGCUCGAGCCCCCAGCUGCCGAAUGUUUCAAUUGGGUCCUUCACGCUGACCAAGUCGUCCGAGACGAUGUCGCUCCUCCUGCUCAACCUGAUGGAGUCGAUGCUUAGCCGGGCAAGGAAGCUCGUCUACCAGAUGAUGUGUGUAAAAGAUGCGAUGGGCAGCCGGGGAAUUCCUCCGGGCUUGCCGUCUAUACUUGAGCCCGGCUCGGCUCUGAAGGCGAUUCGGGCGAGAGAAAACAGGUUACUAAACUCAAUGGAGCGCGUAAAAGCUGCGAUAUAAU